UACCAAUACGUACGCACAAAUGUGUAUCUAAACAUCACAUAGUAUAUAGUUAUUUUAUCAAAUCUUGUAUUAUCAAUUUCUCUCUCUAUUCAUAUCAUCUUAUCUCUCAAGUUCUUGAUUUUGAAUCUUUUAAGUAAUUAAAGAUGGGUAAAGACAAGCACCACGAACAAGACAAAGGAUUCUUCUCACAUCAUAACCAUCACGGACAUGGGUAUCCACCGGGAGCUUAUCCUCCACCACCGGGAGCUUAUCCUCCACCAGGGGCUUACCCUCCACAAGGUUAUCCUCCGCCACCUCACGGCUAUCCACCGGUCGCUUAUCCACCUCCUCCCGGCGCUUAUCCUCCUGCCGGUUAUCCCGGACCCUCCGGUCCUCGUCCAGGUCUUGGAGGAGGAGUCGGGGGAUUGAUAGCAGGAGCGGCAACAGCGGCCGCGGCUGCAAUGGGAGGUCACCACGCAGGUCAUCACGGAGGCUACGGGCACCACGGCCACGGAAAAUACAAAAGAGGGUUUUUUGGAGGAGGGAAGUAUAAGCGAGGGAAGCACAGUAUGUUCGGAGGAGGGAAGUACAAGCGUGGUAAGCACGGCAUGUUCGGAGGCAAGCAUGGCAUGUUCGGACGAAGGAAGUGGAAAUGAUUCAUAAUCUCAUUCCUCUCUACAUAUAUUUAACAACUUAAUAUUAAGCUUAUAUAUUUAAAUCUGUGUGUCAUUGUGUUUAUUAUUUGUGCUUAAGUACAUGUACGAUUUAUAAAACUCUUUAAUAUAUUUAGUUGAAUUUUGUCUUAUGAAUGUUAAAUUAAUGGUGAAGGA